UAAAUUGCACGCGCGCGUAUAAAGAAGAACGGGAGGAGGGACCGGAAGUGUUUUUCUUCAGCGUUUGCGUGAGAUUUGAAGCCGAAGCGUCAACACGGAUUUUCUUUGGGAUAAACGGACAGGGCUGGCUGCUAGAACGAUGCCGCACUCCCGACGGUACCCAUCCUCUGAGAGGGCCAGCCGCAGCAGCUACCAAGAUCGAUAUCGGGACAGAGACAGAGAGCGAGGGAGAAGGCCUCGACAUCGUCGCUCACCCUCGUUCUCUUCUAGCAGUGAACAUGAAAGGAGAGGGAGGGGACACAGACAGGAGGCUGGCUAUGCACGAUCUAGGAGCUACGACAAUCGCUCUUCAGACCGCAGGCCGUACGACAGACACUACAGGGACAGUUACCGUCGACAGGACCGCAGCCGGGACAGGGAGCACGGGACGCCGAGCAACUUCUACUCCCGUGACGCCUCGCCAAGCUACGACUACCGACGCGGACGAGAUCGGGACCACGAGGACUCCUACCGGAGGAAAGGCAGCAGGCGUAAGCACAAACGAAGGCGGCGUAGAACCAGGUCCUAUAGCGCAUCCUCCUCGCGGAGUGACAGCGGGACGCGGGCACUAUGUGUGAGGGACGACGAGGAAGGUCACCUGAUCUGUCGGAGUGGCGACGUCCUACAAGAGAGAUAUGAAAUUGUCAGCACUUUGGGCGAGGGCACUUUCGGCAGGGUGAUGCGAUGUAUUGAUCAUCGCAGGGGCGGAGCUCAUGUUGCUUUAAAGAUCAUCAAAAAUGUGGAGAAGUACAAAGAGGCUGCACGGUUGGAGAUUAAUGUAUUGGAAAAAAUCAACGAGAAGGAUCCAGAGAAUAAAAAUCUGUGUGUACAGAUGUUUGACUGGUUCGACUAUCACGGCCAUAUGUGUAUCAGUUUUGAGCUGCUGGCUCUCAGCACUUUCGACUUCCUCAAAGAAAACAAUUACCUGCCCUACCCCAUCAACCACGUGCGUCACAUGGCCUACCAGAUCUGCCUGGCUGUCAAAUUUUUACAUGAGAACAAAUUGACCCACACAGACCUAAAACCAGAAAACAUCUUAUUUGUCAACUCGGACUUCACAAACACAUACAAUGUGGAGAAGAAGCGAGAUGAGCGUAGUGUGAAGAACACAGAGGUGAGGAUGGUGGAUUUCGGCAGCGCUACAUUUGAUCAUGAGCACCACAGCACCAUUGUCUCCACUCGGCACUACAGAGCCCCUGAAGUUAUUUUGGAGCUGGGCUGGAGUCAGCCGUGUGACGUGUGGAGUAUUGGCUGCAUUCUCUUUGAGUACUACCUCGGAUUCACUCUUUUUCAGACUCAUGAUAAUCGGGAGCAUUUAGCCAUGAUGGAGAGGAUUUUGGGCCCUGUUCCUUCUAGGAUGACUCGUAAGACUAGGAAACAGAAAUACUUUUACCGUGGACGUCUGGACUGGGAUGAGAACUCCUCUGCAGGAAGAUAUGUCCGGGAGAACUGCAAACCUUUACGGAGAUAUCUUCUGUCUGAAGCUGAAGAGCAUCACCAGCUCUUUGAUCUCAUAGAGGCCAUGCUGGAAUACGAGCCGUCAAAGCGCAUAACUCUCGCUGCUUCCCUGAGACAUCCGUUUUUCCAAAGCACCUUAACCACCGCCGAUCAGAGUGCCGGCAAGAGUUGGGAGGGCAACCGUGACAUCAGCCGGUGACAAUAAAUGACUCGCAAACAAAGGACUCGUAAGCCAAGAGAGAUAAUGUGCAGCUGAAUUGACUUUAUUAUACACAGUUUUAAAGUUCAAGAGAAAUCGAGCAGUUUUACGGCUGUCAGAUCUGCAGGAUUGUUAUCGGUUUCUCCAUCUUCCCAUAAUGUGAGGACAUCUUUCUGCGUGGCAGGAAAAUGUUACAGAGGAUCUCAUGAACUGUAUUGCUUGAUAGAUUGAUGAUUUGAGGGGUUGUUGAAUAACCGUGUCUACUAUUAUCAAUAGUAAACAUGAGUUUCGUUUCUUCCAGGAUCUGCCACCUUUGGCUAAUGAUGUUUUUGAACGAUUGGGGGUUUAAAAUUGGAGGUGCAGUGGUUCGAACUAAAGCAUUCGUGUAACACUCCUUUUAUUCUGAAAUGAACUGACAGUCCAUCAAAGAGAAAAUCACUGUUGUGAUGCAGUUAUUUAUUGGGCUGAAACGUUUUGUCCAUUUUAGCCCAUAGCUGAUAACAAAUCGCAAAUUCAUUACAAUACACCGAGAGAAAGUGAGCUUUCAGUGAUAUUCAAAAUAUGUAAGGGAGCAUGCAGUGUUCUGAUGCUCGUGUCCUUCAGAGCAAACGUUUACAGUAUUUAUUUAGGUCUACCCGGAAGGUUUUUUUUGUCUUUGUAUAAAUGUGUAAAUAUGAAUAAAUAUAUGUUGUGACUAUAGAAUAAAGGUCCUGUCGGUCUG